AUGAAGUUCCUCGCCACCGCAAGCGCCGCUUUCUCGCUGGUCUCGCAGUGCCAUUCCGCAGUUCUUUGGGACGGCCGUUUCAAUGACCUGACGUCAUCCACUGAUCUCGAUAAAUGGAGCUGGGCGACGCAGGUCGGCCCUUACCAGUACUACAUUCAUGGGAGCGGACCUGUUACUGAGUAUGUAAACUUGUCGCCAAGUUACAAGAACCCAGCCGACUCUGGGUCCAAACAGGGUGUCAAGAUCUCGCUCACCGACACGGCGUACUGGAAUGGCCAGAACAUGCGGCGCACCGAAUUGAUCCCCCAAACGAGCGCAGCCAUCAACAAAGGGAAAGUGUUUUACCACUUCAGCAUCAAACGCAGUGACGUCAAUCCGCCAGCGACGACUCGGGAACACCAAAUAGCCUUCUUUGAAAGCCACUUCACCGAACUCAAAUCAGGCUGGCUCAGCGGCGCCGCUGGAACAUCCGACCCGCUUUUGAGAUGGUGCGUUGGUGGACAGACCCACUGGAGCGUCAACUGGGAUGCCGAUGUUUGGCACAACGUCGCCUAUGAAAUUGAUUUCAGUGCUGGCACUGUCGGCUUCUGGCACUCAACUGGCGCCAGCCCUUUGACCAGAGUCAAUGCGCCCAUUGCGGCUUCAACAUCGAGCAACGGCGCUGAUUGGCACCUCGGUGUUCUUGAGCUCCCGCGCAGUGGUUAUCCGGACGCGCCUGAAGAUAUUUACUUUUCAGGUGUCUACAUCGAAGACGGAACAAUCACGACAUCUGUCGCCGGCCCCGGAUCCUCUAGUCCUGAGCCCCCCGUCAGCCCUGUCAACCACGCCUGUAACUGCUCCGACUACUCUCCGAACUUCGUCAACAACGUCCAAGCCAGCUCCCACACCCGUCACGACAGCCGCGCCUCCGCCUCCAGUAGCCGGAGCAGAUUGGAGGCCCUCCAUAUCAAGCUAUCUCAAGUCAAGCCCUAA